CGAGUGCUUAGAAUAAAUGUGUGCAUUUCCUGAAUUUGAAGCAGUAAUUUCAUAAAGACUAUAUAUGGCCCAAAUAACUGGAAUAUUUUAAUCCUAAAUCAUCAACAGGUGUUUUGGACCAGGCCAGUCAGCCCUGACAGUGCGCUUUCUCCGCCCAGUACCGUCGGUAACCAUAGCGAACACAAUCAUCGGAAACGCUCGAGUCCAGAAUGACGAAUCUUAAAUGUUACGUGAGAAUUCCAUGCAUGCCAGUCAGUAGGAUAGUUCAUGCAUGACACACCGCCGUAACCUGGUAGUUAUCGAUUGGUAAAUCCCAAAUGUGCCAUGGAAACUUUUAUCUUCAAGUGAGGCCUGUUGAUACAGGUUUGUUUAGUUGCCUGGUAGUUUAUAUCCUGGAUUACAAUGCAUUCAAGUUACGGAUCCAUGAUGGACCUGGGCUCGGAGUACGUGAAAAUUAAAGCGCACUACAGCGGGGACAUGCUAAUCACGGACCUGGCUGCCACAGUAACCUACAUGGGACUGUGUGAGGAGGUGAGGGUGAUGUGCAGCCUGGCCCGGGAGCAGCCAAUCACGCUCAAGUGGAUCGACGAUGAGGGAGACCCGUGUACCAUCUCCUCUCAGAUGGAACUGCAGGAGGCCUUCCGGAUCUACAGCCGCAACAGGAACUCAGGACUCCUGCUGCACGUCUUCCCCAGUAUCCCAGUGAAGCCAGGUAUGCCAUGUCCAGGAGAAGACCAAUCGAUCUACCGCCGCGGGGCCAGAAGAUGGAGGAAGCUCUACCGAGUCAACGGACACCUCUUCCAGGCCAAGCGCUUUAACAGGAAAGCGUACUGUGGCCACUGCAGUGAAAGGAUAUGGGGGCUGGGGAGGCAGGGCUACAAGUGUAUCAACUGCAAACUGCUGGUCCAUAAGCGCUGUCACACACUUGUCCCUCUGACUUGCCAAAGGCAUAUGGAGCCAGUCAUGCCAUCACAGGAGCCCCCUUUAGAUGAGAAGAGUGAAGAGGUGGACCUCCUCCCUCAAGACACAGAGGAUACAGAUGGAAUACCUUUCCUACCACACAAUUGCAAGAUGGACAAAGUUGAAGAGGACUCAGAGGAUAUCAAAGCGGUGGUGGAUGGGAUCGAAGCCAUCAAGAUAUCCCAAGGGCUGACGCUGGGCUUGGGGGACUUCGACCUGAUCCGGGUGAUCGGCCGUGGCAGCUACGCUAAGGUGCUGCUGGUGCGACUCAAGAAGAACGAACAGAUAUACGCCAUGAAGGUGGUCAAGAAGGAACUGGUGCACGACGACGAGGACAUUGACUGGGUGCAGACAGAGAAGCACGUGUUUGAGCAGGCGUCUACCAAUCCGUUCUUAGUGGGCCUUCACUCUUGCUUUCAGACAGAGAGCCGGUUAUUUCUCGUGAUCGAGUACGUCAACGGAGGGGAUCUGAUGUUUCAUAUGCAACGGCAACGGAAACUACCAGAAGAACACGCAAGAUUCUAUGCUGCUGAAAUUUGUAUCGCUCUGAAUUUCCUGCACGAAAAUGGAAUCCUCUACCGAGAUUUGAAACUGGACAACGUUCUCUUGGAUCACGAGGGACACAUCAAGCUGACCGACUACGGGAUGUGCAAGGAGGGCAUCAGACCAGGAGACACCACCAGUACAUUCUGUGGAACCCCCAACUACAUAGCCCCUGAGAUCCUCAGAGGGGAAGACUACGGGUUCAGUGUUGACUGGUGGGCGUUAGGUGUGCUCAUGUUUGAGAUGAUGGCCGGGAGGUCCCCUUUCGACAUCAUCACCGACAAUCCUGACAUGAACACAGAGGAGUACCUCUUCCAAGUUAUCCUGGAGAAGCCCAUUCGCAUCCCAAGGUCUCUGUCGGUGAAGGCCGCCAGCGUGCUGAAGGGUUUUUUAAACAAGGACCCCAAAGAGCGGCUGGGUUGCCAGGUCCAAACGGGCUUCUCUGACAUCAAGUCGCACACGUUUUUCCGCAGUAUAGACUGGGACCAGCUGGAGAAGAAACAGAUGGCCCCGCCCUUCAAGCCCCAGAUCGCAGACGACUAUGGCCUGGAGAACUUUGACACCCAGUUCACUAACGAGCCAGUGCAGCUAACACCAGACGAUGAGGACGUCAUCAAGAGAAUAGACCAGUCCGAGUUUGAGGGAUUUGAAUACAUCAACCCUCUGCUGCUAUCCGCAGAGGAGUCUGUAUGAGGGAGAAGAGACCUCUUCUCCCACCUGUGUCUGUCCACCCCCUCUCAGCCAAAUCUAUGAACAACUCCCUCUGGGAUGGAGGGAGGACAAGAAACUCCCGGCUUUGCACGAGGUUCGAGGACAUGAGUGCGAAAAUGAUACUUUUUUUUCUUUGUGGAUCCCCCAUAAUGCAUUGCAUUAUUUUGUCACCUGGGAAAAACUCUUGAGGUGGUCAACAUAAAAAAGGACACAGGAACAUUCCCAAAACUUGGUUGUUGAUUGUCUUCACGUUUUUUGUUUGUUUCCCCAACAACUCCCUCUCUGUGUCAGCAGCACGGCUGGCUAUGUCAUUUCAAAAACAGAAAGCGACUUCAUUCUGUGCCUGCCAUCGUAAAACAGAUUUGACAGUCCCGCCCCUCGCAUCCCUGGAUGGAAUAUGACAGUUCUACGACUAGAACUUGAAGUUAUGUGCACUUUGUUUUGUUAAUUCAUUUUUUAAAGUUUUUUAACUUGUAGGAGGCUCCGCUGCCUCGAGCAUAAUAAGAAUGUACAAUGACGAAGGAAAAAAUGAUGAUACAAGUUAUUGUGUAUUAUAAUGUAGGUAGCAACUCCAAAUUGAUGAUGCCUUUCUAUUGAUGCAAAGUGGCACGUUUUAUUCAUGACCAUGAACUUUCUUUUUGUUUUCUUUUCCUCAGCAUUGAUUUUCAUUAACAGAAAAAAAACUGAGACGAAAGUUUAUUUUUAUUUAAGAAGUGCCUCAAAGAUCCAAUCUACACCAUGUUUCUGAUUGCACUUAUCGAUUGUUCCAAUUCCUUUCAGCUGCCUGGUGGGUUGGUCAGUUGGUGAAGAAAGCCAGUGGAACACAUCGCGCAUACAGACCAAGGGCCUCAUUUCUAAAGUGUUUUUGUGCACAGAUUUUAUUGUAAAUUGCGCAUACACGUAAAUGUAAAUUAUGCCAAUGUUUUAAGAGUUAAAUCUUUAACAACCUUGAGCUUGACAAGAAAAUAUGCAGUAGGAAGCAUUUUUGUAGAUCAUCCAAUACCCUGAUAGCACAAAGAUUCAAACUAUCAUCUGUCGGUCAACAGAAUUUUGAAGGAUAGUGCAUCGUCCUCAGCACUGAAGUAUGGGCAACUGUAAGUCUGUAUACUUCAAACUUGAGAAGUCUAUGUUGCCAUAGUCCUUUACCAUUCACAGCAUAUACAAAUGUAGUUGAUUACCAUAGAUGCUGAGUGAAAGCAGUUUAAUGGGGAAAUAUUUUUAAAGAACCACUCAACACGCUGUUUGGCACGUGUGUUUUUCUGUUGCUCAUUAGAAAAACGAGAUUUCAGUCUUCCUGACCGAUUCUACGUUUGAGGAAGGUUUAUCCCCAUGAGACACUGUAGCCUAGUUCCCUUCCUCAAAAUCCCCAGAAUUAAUCUAAGAUAACUAAAGAAAUCUGUAAUUAAUGUUGAUGUUUGUGAAGAGGAUGUUUUAGUUGUGCAACUUUACAUCCAGGGCAGUAUUUCUGAAGUAAAACAAAUGUGCGACAUGUUGUCUUAAAUAAACAAAGUCAGAGCUGCUGGGCAGGUCUGUCUCACUGUCUAUGCUAUUGGAUAGAGAGAAAUCACUGCAGCUGUUCACCCCAUGUU